UUGGCGUUGCUCUGUGAGCGCUCAAGGUCGGGUGGCCAAAGAGACGCACAAUCCGAAGGGAGCUGAAAUUAUUUUACAUUUGACACUUCGCUGCUUCCGACGGUUCAAAUGACAUUCGGGACGAUUGGAGAAGUUUGCUGACCCGCCAGCAGUGAGCAAGUUGUGAUGCUGUCCCGCCCCCCGCCGGGUGCGACCCCGCCUCCUGCGCUCCCAUUGGCUGACAAUGACGCGGAUGGAGCCCCGCAAACACGGACGCUUCCUCCUCCUGGCCUUCACCACCACCACCACCACCACCAUCCCGGCCCACAGCUCGGCUGCCCCUGCUCGUCCCUGUUGCCCCGCCUCCUGUCGGCCCACAGGAUGGAGGUGCGGCGCCUCCUGCGGGGGGCGCUGGUGUCGCUCGGGCGGCGGGUGGACGCGCUGGAGAGGAAGGGCGGCAGGAAGAGGAGGAGGAGGAGGAUGAACGACGAGAACCCGUGGACGACGACGACGACGACGGAAGAUGAAGCUGAAGGUGACGCUGCAGACGCAUCCUCAUCCUGUAGCUCCCGGGUCACUUCCUCUUCCUGUCACCGGUCUUCGUCGGCACUCGAAGGCCCGCCUCUUCGGACCGGCGAGGAGGAGGAGGAGGAGGGGCGGGGCGGCAAGAGGAGGAGGAAAAUCCACGGAGGAGGAAGAGCGGAAGAGGAAGAGGAGGACGGCGGGAGGUCCGUCGGCCGCGUGGCCGUCUGUCGGACGGGGGGCGGAGCUACCGACCGCGCGCCCCUGACGCUCUUCAACUUUGACCCCAGAAGACGGCAGGAAGGCGGCCACGUCAGCGUUGUCGUCGGGCGGAACGGAUGCAGCGCCUUCUCCCAGGCCGCUUUUGACUUCCUGCGAGCUUUGGGCGACCAAUCACAGGCCCUGCGCCAAUGGCGCUUUUCCGACGUCCCGUCCCCGCGCGCCAACGGCGGCGUCCGACUCUGCGCCGCGUCCGUGCUGCGCCUGUCCGUGGUCGCCGUGGCGAUCAUGGCCGCGCCGCGCCGGAAUCCGCGGCGGCCGCUGAGGGACCGGACGGCGCCGCCCUGUCUCGGCCUGGAUCACUGCUACGUCCAGGCGGCCGAUCUCAGGCAGCGGCGGACGAGGAGACGAGCCAAUCGCGGCGCUCGGAAGCGCCUCCCCGCCCCGCCUCUUCCUCCGCGCUGCGCCGACGUCGUCCCGACCGGCCGAUCGGAAGCAAGCCCCGAGGAGAAAGCCAAGCGCGUUUCGCAGAUCCGAAUCCGCCGAGCUUCCCCGCGCGAGACGCCGCUCACGCCGAUGGGGCUCCCCAAGGCCAAAAGGUUAAAGAAGAAGGAGUUCAGUGUGGAGGAGAUUUACACCAACAAGAACUACAACCUUCCCAGCAGCAACAGGAGUCUGGAGACCAUCUUUGAGGAGCCUCAGGAGAAGGACGGUGCCUUGCUUCUGAUUGGCCAGCAGAGGCGGCGUAGGCUCCUCCUCUUUCCCGACUUCACUCAGCCCAGGAAGAGGAAAAGACCGCUAGGCGCCGGACUUCCUGUCGUCGCGGUGCCGAGGAAGCGCGCCGUCCGGCGUCAGCGCCGGGCGGGGGCCGGCGCCGACGAGCGCUCGGACCUGGACGUCAAGCUGGUGGAGAAGUUGAGCGCGCUGGAAGACUUCCUGACUCGUCAGAGCUUGGACGCGUGACGUCACUUCCCGUCUGGCGGCUCCCGCUCUUCAAUCGAAACGUGUGUGUGUUGUACUUCGCGAGGAGCGCUGAGCUCAGCGGCCUGAGGGAGGAGCUUCUGCAAGUGGACACGCCAAUCAGCAGCCAGGAACUUUGGACCCGGUUGCUACGGCAGCACCCCGGGGUCACGUGGUGUUGGCGGUGCGCCGUCAGUACGUCGCCGUCGACGACCCCGAGCCGCUGACGCUGCGAGACGGAGACGAGGUCGCCGUGGUGCCGCCGCUCAGCGGGGGGUGAACGCCGACGUG